CCGGAGCCCUGCGCUGGCAUUUCAGACCCUUCCGCGGAGCUGCCAGCCCGGAGAGCGGAGCCUUUCGCCGAGUCUGCCCCGCGCGCCGCCGCCCCGCCGCCUCCCGCCCAUGUCGGAGCCCGCCGCCAGCUCGGAGCUCAAGCGGGCUUUGCACAGCAGCCCCGAGAGCAGCGUCCAGCAUGAGCCCCCGCAGGCCGCGCCCAUGCCCAAGAGCUACCUGGUCCUCAGCAUCUUCUCCUGCUUCUGCCCCGCGUACCCCAUCAACAUCGUGGCCUUCGUCUUCUCCAUCAUGGCUUUAAAUAGUUAUAGUCGAGGAGACAUAGAAGGAUCAAGAAGACUGGGUCGCAAUGCACUCUGGGUUGCUGUUGCAUCAAUCAUGAUUGGCCUUCUGAUUAUUGGGAUCUAUUGCGUAGUUCACUUCACAACGAUGGGAUAAAUUAAGGAGCCGCAAGAUGACGUGACUUGCCCAUGGUUACACAGUGAGUCUCUGGUAGAGGUGGGCACAGAACCCAGAUCUUUUCACGCACUGUUCUGGUCUCAGACUGCUUGACCGUGCAUCCUCCUCCAACAUUAAUGUCACUGUGAUGUUAACCACACAUCCAUCCCUCCACAAAUGCCUUCUCCCAGCCCACAGGCAUCACGUUAAAGGUAUUUAUAAACCAAAUAGCAUAGUUGCAAGGAGAGUUCGGGCUGUUCAGUGUUAUCAGCAUUCUGACAGGAGGAUAAAGAACACACCUAGGGCAGGGUCUCCAAA